AUGGCUGCAAUAGAUCAUAAAUCGAAGAAAAAUCGUACAGGUUUUUUAACAUCACCAACAAAUGUAAAUGCUGCUAAUCAUCUUUCGUAUUUAUUUCAAUGUGCACAUACUGUUCUAUUGACAACUGCGGAUUUGAAUUUGGUACGACAUCUUGUUAAACAAAUGCGUGCGCAUGCUCAAAAGAAACAGAUUCGAUUACAUCCUGAGAUGAAACGAUUGUUGUGCUCGUGUUGUAAUAUGGUUUUAUUGCCACCAUUGACGGCCAGUGUUCGUUUUAAUAAACGCAAGACAAGUAUUAUUGUGACUUGUUCAACGUGUAGACGUUUUCGAUAUUACCCCAAAGAUAAUUCUUGGCCAACGGAACAUGGUGCUCAUACACCAAGCGAUUGGCUUUUUAAUUUACCUUCUGUAUCGGAAAAAAAUGAUUAA